AGUGUCAAUACCACAGCUCUAGAACUCUUGUAGAUUGGUAAAGGUCUUCUUUAGCAGUUGGAAAUCUCAUUCGGGAUACAUAUUGAAUGUGACUCCUUAGGUCGUCUCAUUACUAACAAAGAGAAUUCUAUUGACUAGGACGGACAUUCGUCGGCUAGUAGUUACUGAUAACAAAUAGACAACACAUCUCAGCAUCCUAUCAGUGAACUAACAGAGGUCAUCAACUAACGAAAACCGUACAGAUGACCCCGGGUGUGAAUACGUUUUAUCACUUUAGCCCGAAGUUGAAGGGUCAGAGCUGAUCAUUACCCCCCCUCGUUGCGGAAAACAGACUUGCUACGACAGAAGCGAAUUCCAGUCCAAGCGAGAGAAUCUUAUACAGCUAAGCUUGAGGUUAUUCAACAAAAUCGAGAAGAAAAAUAAUAAUAUUAGGGGGUCAACAUCUGCUCUGGAAAAGCUCACCAGCCAGCCGUCGACAACGAAGACAAUCUUCAUAAUGAUGCUGGGUUUCGGCAGGCACGCAAGCAGAUGGGAACUGAAUUCUCUAUUCCCGUUAGCUCAAGGCCUUCAACGAACUUGAUGGACAUCCACGACCGGUACACCUGGUCUUGUAGCAUUGCUUCGCUAACAGAGUCAGAGCAUAGCUGCUGUAUAAAUAGGGUAGGAAAAGCUGGCAAUGAAGUAACUAUGGUCCUCAAAGGUUAGCAGAAGGCUAUUGAAGAAGCACAGUGACGGGCGUUACAUCAGAGCAUUUAAUGAAUUGUUUAGGUAACUAUGGAGUUCCCAAAGGACGCUGGCUUCAAUAUUGGGUUAUUUACUACCUGUUUAGUCCGACUUGCAUGAAGGGCUAGAGAUGCGAGAAUUCCGCCCUUCUUCGAUCGAUGAGUGGUAAUGGGGUAGUCCCCCUGUAAAGAUGACCCCCUUUCUCUUACAUUACCGCAUAUAGUAGGGGAGUGGAAGGGACGUGGGAAGAAUAUGGAAUAAGGUUACAAAGCGCUUAGGACGGCGCAGCUCUGGUCUAUACAAUAAACUAAGCCCUCUUUUAAUCCCGGAAAAUCUGACCCUCCUGAUCAUGUGGAAGUCAUAACUAUCACCACAGGUGGCACUAUCCUCAACCUAUAUACACAGUAUGCUUCCCCUGUAGACGACAGCAGUUUUGAAUACCGCCGAUAUCCCAUAAAACCAACAAAACCUGUUGGCUCUCGCUAAAAGCUUAAGUAGAGCUUUCCGAUGUAAUAAAACGUAUAUGAACAUAAGAAACAUCGGAAACGAAAAGCUUUGUCGUAGGGGUCAUCGUAUGAAUCACUGAGAUGAGAUCCAGGAGAGGAAACUAUUGGGUGCACCACGCAAAAAACA